AUGACAUCUCCACCUCACUCCGCUGGAUCCAACUCGCGCUUUCGACCGUUUGCGAGCAGCAAACAUCAAGUGACGAAGGGAAGAUACAUCACUAGCAAUGAUCCACGAGGAUAUAUACCGGUUUACGAAUAUCAGCUCUGCGGCCAAUGGAUCAUGAUGGACAUCGAUGACGGCUACGUCCUAUGGACGGGUAUAUGGAAAGCCCUGGGCAACUCGAAAGCCGAUAUUGUCAAGAUGGUUGAGUCACAACCAGAGCUAGAGCCGCAUAUCCGCCGCGUGCGCGGAGGUUAUCUGAAGAUUCAGGGAACCUGGCUACCCUACGAGGUCGCCUUACGGCUUUCUAGACGUGUGGCAUGGCCCAUCCGCGAAGACUUGAUCCCGCUGUUCGGGUGA